AUGUCGUUCUUCACGAUGCAGGUCUCUGCAGCAUGGCUCUUUCUUGCCUUUGUUAACCCCUCCCUCGCCUUCUUCAAGGUUCCCUGCAGCACGCCGCUGGUCAUUCAACGCGCAGACCCCAUCGUCCAGCCGGGAAUUGCCUCUGGCCAUGUUCACACAAUCAUGGGCGGGUCCGGCUUCGGCUUCACCAUGGACUACAAUAUGACUCAGAGCUCGCGGUGCAACUCGUGCUCCGCGGUGGAGGACAAGUCCAACUACUGGGUCGCUUCGCUGUAUUACCAUGCGGAGAAUGGAAGCUUUACUCAAGUGCCGCAGAAUGGUGGUGCGUUGAUCUACUAUGAACAGCGCCCCGACCCAGCCGGCGACGGUACCAUCGUCGCACCCCCCGCAGGCUUCCGCAUGGUCGCAGGUAGCCCUUUUGACCGCAGCUACAAGGGCACCAUCGAAGCCUCCGCGCGGACCUUUGCGUGCCUAAACUACAACGGCCCCGCCACACCCCAGACCAACGCCUUCCCUACAACCAACUGCCCCAACGGGCUGCGCGCACAGGUCUACUUCCCUUCGUGCUGGGACGGCGUGAAUCUGGAUAGUCCCGACCACCGCUCCCACAUGGCGUACCCCACCCAGACGUACGAUAACGGGCCAUGCCCGGCUAGUCAUCCAGUCAGGAUUAUUUCAAUUUUCCUCGAGGUCACUUGGCAUACCGAGCAGUUUGCGGAUAUGUGGUAUGGAGAUAAGCAGCCGUUUGUUUUUUCAUUCGGGGAUCCCACGGGCUAUGGGCUGCAUGCUGAUUUCCUUAACGGCUGGGACAUCGACGUCCUCCAACACGCAAUCAACACAUGCCACGACGGCGGCGGCGACAUCCGCAAGUGCGAGCCCAUCACCAUGCAGCCUGACUAUGUGACAGACGGGUGCAUCCUCGAGCGUUCAAUCGACGAGCAGAUUGAGGGGUGGCUCGAUGAGCUGCCGGGAUGCAACCCGCUCCAGGCGGGGCCCGAGGAUGCCAAACCCGUUACAACCUGCGACGCACCGAAGCUGGGCGAGCCCGUGCACUACUACACCGAUCUCACGGGCAGCCACGACUUUGAGUGGGUGGGGUGCACGCAGGAUAAUGUUGGUGGACAGCGGGUUCUGACUGGCUCUUCGGGCGGGAUUAGCGAUAUGACGCCUGCGAAGUGUGUUGAGAAGUGCGUUGCUGAUGGGUAUACCUUUGCGGGCGUGGAGAACUCGCACGAGUGCUAUUGUGGGAAUGGUGUCGCUGAGGAUAAGAUGCCUAUGGUUACGCCUAUGGGGAAUUGUCUGCGUCCCUGUGCCGGCGACAGUCUCCAAAACUGCGGUGGGUAUGGGUUUAUUGGCCUGUACCGCAAGUGCGAGGGUGGGUGCAGCAAUCUGCAGUACCCCGUGGUGCCUCACUAG